AUGCGCUUUGAUGACAACCGUUGGACCAGAGCCGUGAGCGACUGGGUUCCCCGCGAUAUUAAGCGCACUACAGGAAGACCGCCGACCCGAUGGACGGAUUUCUCCACGAAGUCCUUCAAAGAAAAAUAUGAUGCUCUUCGUGUCCCAUGCGAAAAGAGGAGCCACUGGGCCACUCUGGCACGCGAUCGGGGCAAAUGGAAGAAUUACUGGCGCUCACUCGACCAGUUCGAAGAUCAACGGGAGAAAGUCAAGGUGAUCAAGGUGAUCCAUGACAGAUGA